GCUUCAACUUUCCUACAGGCUCAAAGUACACGAGCAGCCUGACGUCAGGGAUCAAAUAUUAUCUGACAGCAGAAGCAGCGUGAACAUGGAGUCUGGAGAUCACCACAGCAUGGCAUCUGGUGGGCAGCGAGCGCUGGCAGAGGAGCAGGUUCGCGUUCUGGAGGAGAACUUUACUAAAGUUACUAAACACCCCGACCAAACCACACUGAUGCUGAUCGCCGCCGAGGCCGGACUCACCGAAGAGGAGACAGCGAAGUGGUUUAGGAAGCGUAAUGCUCAGUGGAGGCAGUCGGAGGGUUUGCCGGCUGAACUGGGAUCAGUAAAAGACUGAGGACUGAAAAAUCUCAUUACCAGCACACCUCUAUCUCUCCAUCUCUCUCUCUCCAUGGUUGGCCUCCUGUCUCUCUCUCUCUCUAAUCUGCCGUUCUUCAUCCAUUCUUCAGCAGAGGAGCUCCUCCAUCCUCCCGCCUCCCUGCAGAGCUUCUAAAAGACUGUUCACUUUCAUUUGUUUGUUUAUUGGUUUGUUUGUUUGUUUGUUUAUUGGUUUGUUUGUUUGUUUAUUGGUUUGUUUGUUUGUGGCGUUUCUCUGUACUCUGGAUCUGUGUUAAUAAGCUGAAUGUGAAUGCUAUAUUGUGUAAGUUUUAUUUUAUUGCAGAUAUAACUCUCAUGUUUAAAUAAAUAAAUAUUGUAUAUAUGUUUAACUGAA